UUUCUCACAAUUUUUCAAAGGAAUAUUUCCGUGUAAUAAAUUUAAAGCACACUCGCAAAUGCAGCGAAUUAAAUCUUUAUUAGCGUGUUGUAUUAUUACCCGGCGUAGCCUGGGUGGUGCGUAGAUGAGAGCGUGUAAUAAGGCUGUAUUCUUUUCUCCAAGCGACUUGCGAACAGAGCCGCUUUCAGAACGACUUCUCGUUGCCAUCACACAUGAACGACUGGUACACUCCGUGAUGCCCCUCCUCCUUUUAUAUUGCGAUCCUUCCGCGGAAUAUAAACAUAAUGAUGGGGAUCACUGGGGAAUACAUUGGUACGAAACCUACAGUUUUCAGGAGUCGAUUGUUUCAAAUCUAGCAACAAAUAGCCAUGAGCUGCCGAAGUUGCAUCAAAAUAGGCUUCUUGCAGAAAUUUUGGAUCUUCUGGGUAUAUUUGACGAGCCAAAUGGGCAAUUUGUGCACGAUCUCUGGGAUUUUUAAAUACGACGAUGUAAUUUGUAUUCAAUGAAAUGUCUCUCUGUCCUUUGCCUUGGUGGAAUAAAUUUUGAGAUAGAAACAUUACACUGAGAUUUUUAUGAUGGCUUCCUUUUGUAAAUAAAUCAACUAUUGCACCAUUCGAAGAUUCCCGCAUCAAAUCGUCCACGACAACCAAUUUUGGCUUAUUAUCAUCAAAAUCUCCAGAUCUUGGUAGGCCUUCACGAAAUUCGACAAAAUUAUUAUCAUAAUCCGAAUAUCCAUUCUGCCACUCAGCGUAAUAAAAGAUCACUUUUUCAAUUUGUGUAUCGCACAUUUGCUUAAUUUCCUUCAAAAACCUUUUAACAAAAAAUGUUUUUCCACAACCCGUGGGACCACAAAUCAUUGCAGUAAAGGGAUGUUUCCACCUCGUGUCCAUAUUGCCUUCUGAUUAAUCAUGCCUAAAAUCUCAUCAUUUUAUACAAUUUUACGAUAUCCGAAAAUAUGGAUUUGAAAAUGCUAGAGAGGGGCGUGACGUAAUGCACCUGUAUUGGGGUCAAGUGGGCUUGCCUAUGACUAGGACAAGGACAAUGCGCGUAGGCGGGGGCAGGUAAAAAAGGCGAAGAAGUGCAGUAGCCCCCCUGUGGCGCCAACAGUAAAACCCCUGACUUUUCCCAAUAUAGCCCGAAUUUUCUCGCACUAACUGCAGUCGUCCAAGGGACAUUCACAAUGUCGGACCCAAACGAUUUAGCGGGGCCCAGUGACCCGUCCGAAGAAAAUACUACACCUCCACAGGGAGAUUUUGAUUGGAUAAAUAAUUUUGAUCUUGAGUUAUUCGGUGAUUUUGCCAUUGAAAAUAAUUUUGAUGGAGAUUUAUUCGAAAAUUUUAAUUCUGCGCUCUUUGAUAUUCAAUGUGGUGGUGGUGAAAAUGUUGUGAGUGACCCUAAGGCUUUGGAAGCUGUUGAAGAGUUUAAUCUAGAUUUACUAGAUCAGCAGAAUGAUCAACAAAAUGGCCGCGAAGAAGAGAUUGAAAAUCGAUUGCCGGCCUUAAGGACAAUACGACGAUCACGCCAGAGACUUCCAC